UCUGAAAUAGUAUUCAACAAAAUUCUUUGUCUUUGAACUCCAAUUAUUUAUCGGAUACGUAUUUUAUUCCUUUAAAAACAAAGUAGAAAUGUCUGUCCAAGCCUCAGCUCCACAAAUUCCACAGCCCAAGUCGUGGGAGCUGAGUCUGUAUGAGUUACAUCGAACACCACAGGACUCAAUAACAGACGAUACAGAAAUAUCCAUCUCUCCACGGAGUCUUCACAGCGAACUUAUGUGCCCAAUCUGUCUUGAUAUGUUGAAGAACACGAUGACAACUAAAGAGUGUCUUCACAGAUUUUGUCAAGAAUGUAUCAUUACUGCUUUAAGAAGUGGAAACAAGGAAUGCCCAACGUGCAGAAAGAAACUAGUGUCCAAACGAUCACUCAGACCAGACCCAAACUUUGAUGCUUUGAUAGCAAAGAUUUAUCCAGACAGAGAAGAAUAUGAGGCGCACCAGGAAAAAGUCCUUCAAAGAUUAAAUAAACAUCACAACCAACAAGCCUUAACAACCAGUAUUGAAGAAGGCCUCAAGCUGCAGGCAUUGAACAGAGCUCAGAGAGUGAGAAAACGGUCAUCAGAAGACCAAAAUCAAGCUGCUCCGUCAGCCUCAUCAGCACCCCCACCUACAGUUGAAGCCAGUWCCUCAGUCCCACCAACCAAGAAGAAAACAAAAACAGSCUCUGACGAAUCAGACGCUAGCGAAAACACAGUAGACUCUACUGGGGAGGCUGGGAAUGAUAGCAUCGAUAAUGUUAGUGAAAUAGAGCUUGUAUUCAAGCCACACCCUAAAGACCAUGACCCUGAAACUGUUGCCCAACAGACACGAUAUAUCAAGACUACAGCUAAUGCUUCAGUUGAUCAUCUUUCCAAAUACUUGGCAAUGAGACUAGCCCUUGAAUCCAAAAAUGAAGGCUCAUCUACAAAUGGCCAGGAAGCUCCUGAAGAAGGCAGUAACUUCACYAUUUACAUUGCCAGUACUCCUGGCCAAUAUACUCAACUACCAGGUUCAAUGAGUCUAGAGCAUGUCAAUGAAAAGUAUUGGCAGGUCAAUAAGCCCCUAGAGAUGUACUACGCAGUGCCUACCCCAAAACAAAGCUAACUGGGAUCUCUGUACAUGGCAAAAUAAAAACAAUGUCAUGCUUUGACCCAGUAAAGUCCAAAUGAGCAAGAACAUAGAUCAAGUACACUUGCUAAAGUACUUUAGUCAAUAACUACCGACAGAUUGAUAGUUUAUGUCUGGUUAAGACCAGUCAGGAUGAAGUGAAAUUGCAGUUUCUUUCUUUUCAUCCUUCCCUUUUUUUCCAUUCAGAAGAUGGCAAGGGUCAACCCUGAUUGGCCAGCCGGGUAACUUGAUUCUUGAACAAGACGAAGUCAAACUAAGAUGCUUUUUCYUUUGCCCUGUUGUUUGCUAUUCAAGCUUAAAUUGUCACGUAGGCUCAAGAAACUUUGCAAUCAUUUAUUGAAAUAAUCUGUUACUGAAAGCUGCUUUUUGAUUAGUUCAAAGUCAAAGUUGGCAACUUAUCAUAUAUGAUGCAAAGGUUCUUGGCUGCCCCURGUCCUUUAGCCUGUAUAUAGGUAUUCCUGAUUCAUUACAAACAUGUAAUAGCUGACAUGCUGGAUGAAGCUAUUGAUUUCCACUCAAGAAAUUGUCAAACACUAAAGAUAUGUGUAGAAAAAAAUGUGUCGUCAGAAUCAAAAUAAAGAGAAAAUUGAAAGCAUA